ACUACGAGCCCACAUCCACCCAAGAUGUCGGCGUCAUCCUCUCAGGCACUCGAGUACCUCGAGCAGCUGCCGUUGCAGACGCACAAGAAGCUGUAUGAGCAGCCUUCAACCGUGCUGGCGAUAUUUCGCUGUAUGCUACCACAUCUAGCGAAAUCUAUCGUCAUGGCUCUACUCUACAUACCACAGCCUUUGUCUUCCUUCGAUUUGGAUGCAUGGUUUCGGCCUUCCGCUUCAAGGCUUAAAAAGGACAGCUUAUACAUACUUGAGAAGCUCCACAUUGUCGAGGCCAAGCCUCGGGACACUUCGCGCUUCACAGACUACUCUCUGGCUCCCGGCUUCUCCAAAUCCCUCCGUCAAGCGCUUGAAGGCUCAGGCAGGCACGGCUCCUUCGGCGUUCCUGCUCCUCCGACCGAGAAGCGCAAGGUCACGAUACAAGAGCUUGAUGAUUAUGCACAGGGACAGUGGGAGAGCCUCUUGUUCUACAUGGUUGGAAGCACGGUGGGCUUCCAUGGAAGUGUGGGGGGUGACAUUGGAGAAGGCACGAAGAAAUUGCUGCAGGGCGGAGGCUUUGUCGCUAAAAACCACGGUAAGAUAGGUAUUACCAGGACGGGGUUCAUGUUUGUGUUGCAAGAUACCAAUGCCCAGGUCUGGAGCUUGCUGAUUGAGUAUCUGAAAUAUGUCGAUAACCUGGGGCUUGGUAUGUCCGAGACAGACGUGCUCUCAUUCCUGUUCAUGCUCGGAUCUCUCGAGCUUGGCCAGGACUACAGCACUUCCACACUAUCACCUACACAGACUCAAAUGCUUGACGACCUCACUGCCUUUGGAAUCGUCUACAUGUCGCACAAGGGCGCAAAAACGUUCUACCCUACACGCCUCGCCGUAACACUGACCUCGGACUCUGGCGCCCUCUCUACCACCAACCCCAACGAAGUCGUCGCACCAGGAACCGGUGCAACCAAAAAGGGCUUCAUCAUCGUCGAAACCAAUUACCGCCUCUAUGCCUACACCAACUCUCUCCUCCAAAUCGCUGUGCUCUCUCUCUUUACAAAACUUACCACUCGAUUUCCUAAUCUCGUCUCAGGAAAGCUGACCCGCGCCUCCAUCGCUCGCGCUGUGCAAACUGGCAUCUCGGCAUCACAAAUCAUAUCGUACCUAGAUGCACACGCUCACCCUCAGAUGCAGAAAGCCGUGCCCUUCAUUCCACCAACUGUCACGGACCAGAUUCGUCUCUGGGAGCUCGAAGGCGAGAGGGUUGAAACCACAAACGGCUACAUGCUCAAGGAAUUCCAGUCUGAGAAGGAUUACCGGGAGAUCGUUAAGUACGCUGAGGAUUUAGGCGUUUUGGUGUGGCGGGGCGAUGCGGAGAAGAAGUUGUUUGUGGACCGUAUCGAGCAGUUGCAGGACGUUCUUAAGAGGCAGGCUGCACGCAGGAGAUGA